AUGGACAAGGGUUACACAUGGCCUUCCUUGCCGGUAUUUCCUGCGCCGUUGGAAGCAGUCUGGGACGUUUCGAGUUGGUUUCAGUACACGAGAUCUCGAAGUCUCAGUUCAGGUCCUGAUCCCGCGUUCGUCGGCCGAAAACUGCCGCUGUCUGCACUGAAAUACAAGACAGCUCUAAUGGGAAAGACUCCACAUGUUGGUGUCAUUGGGGCUGGUGUGUCUGGGCUAAGAUGCGCCGACAUCUUGGGUCAGAAUGGUGCCAAAGUGACCAUCUUGGAGGCAAGGGACCGUAUUGGAGGAAGGAUAGCACAGGUUGAAGUCGGGGGGCAUUUGGUAGAUUUGGGAGCCAAUUGGAUUCACGGAACUGAAGGCAACCCCAUUGACCAAAUCAGCAGAGUGUCAAAUACGACCACUUGUGAAUGGGAUGGCCGCGAAACAAUCUACGAUACAUCAGGAAAACUUCUCGAUGAGGCCACCACCAUGAAGUUGGCAGAGUGGAUGUGGACCACCAUCGAUGAAGGGUUUGAAUACAGCACCAAGAAGCAGGACCACAUCCCGCCGAGCAUGAGUUUGUACGACUUCUGUUGCCAGCAGCUUGAGAAGACCAGUUUCACUGUAGAAGAAAAAGCUGCUUGCAAGGAGUUUGCCAAGUUCUGGGGUGCAUACGUUGGCGAACCUGUUGAACGACAGAGUAUGAAGUUUUUCUGCUUGGAAGAAUGUAUUGAAGGAAGGCUAAGCAGUGCAGCGAAUCUGUUUGUGGGCUCCACAUAUAAGAAUAUCCUCAAUCACAUUUCAAAAUCGGCAUUGAGACAUGCGGAUCUCCGUCUGAAUUCACCGGUUGUCCAAAUACAAGCAGCCAAGAGAGAUCUCAGUAGUACUCGGCAGAUCACCGUCACGGUUGAAGAUGGGCAAACGUACCAAUUCGACGACGUGAUUGUCACCUGUCCCCUUGGUUGGCUGAAAAAGAACAAAUCCAUUUUCAGCCCGUCGCUAACCCCACGCUUGUCUUCAGCCAUAGAUAACAUAUCAUACGGCCGACUAGAGAAGAUCUACGUAACCUUCCCACACGCUUUCUGGCACAAGCCCACGGAACGCAAGUCUAUAGGUGGCACCGGUAUCACGGUGGCGAAUGGGCCUGAUGUUGUGCUAGGCAAGGACGGUGACAAGUAUCCUCCGGCUUUUACGCAGUGGCUAGAACCAAAUUAUGUCAAAUCCCCCGCGGAGGAUGGUAGUUGGAAUAUGCAAUGUGUUUCCCUUGCAGCACUUCCGCCAAACUGCGCUCAUCCGACGCUACUCUUCUACAUUUAUGGUCCUUGCUCCACGUAUGUUGUGUCUAGCAUCAAGGACAUGGAUGAAUCAUCACCCGAAUACUAUGAUUUCCUCGAUCGUUUCGUGCGACCUUUUUACUCUCUUCUCCCGGGGUAUUCUGCUUCUUCUGACGCCUGCAAGCCGACGGCAUUCAGAGCGUCCAAGUGGAUAGCCGACGAUUACGCCGGGAAUGGCUCCUAUGCUAAUUUCCAGGUUGGACUGGAAGCUGGUGACAAGGACAUUGAGACCAUGCGGAUUGGCAUGGGACCCGAGCGUGGAGUCUGGUUUGCUGGCGAACACACAGCGCCUUUUGUAGGGUUAGGUACCACGACAGGCGCUUACUGGAGCGGCGAGCGCGUUGCAGGCCAGAUAUGUGACCUGUACAGUCUGAGCCAGUUGGGAUUGGGGACAAGGAAGGACGAUUCAUUACCCACUGGAAGUACCGGAGUCAUCACCGGCAACACUAUGUUCCAUAAGGGGAAUACAGCGGCGCUCAGAGAGUCGACGAUUUUGGCAAGUGUGGUGGAAGGCCAGUAA